UCAUUUCACUCUUUUCUCUUCUGAAUCGGCUUCAACUUUCACAGUUUUAAACUUUGAUUUCAAGUUUUGCUUGAUCAAAGCUCAACUACAAUCCGUCUCUUUUAAUUCUAACUUCUUUUUUUUUUUAAAUUUGCUUGUUGAUUUGAAUUUCUCAACGAGAUUGAAGGAUACGAGUGUUGGUUAAGAAAAAGUCUACAGUUUUAGGUUAAUUUCAGCUGUUCAUUGUGGAUCUUUCUGUGUUUGGUUUUGUCUUUAUCAGCCUCGAAAUUGUAUAUGUUUGUGUUCUGAUCGUUUCACACUGAUAUUUUUUAUUUUUUAUUUUAAGCUGACUAUAUGAGUUUUGAUACUCCAAAGCUUGGCAUGCUCUGAGCUUCAGUUUGAUCCAAUUUUGUUGAUUUUUUAUUGUCUGAUUCAACCAUUGCAACUUGUUUUAUCACAGAGUUGUGCAUGAGCGUGUUUGUGGUCGACAGUUUUUAGUUUUUAUUUAUCAUUAUUCAAUCAAAUUGGCACAGAUAAUAAAUUUACCAAAGUCACUGUAAUGGAGCUUCAAUUUGAGCCGCCUUAUAUUGCUUUUUUCCUGUUUGAUUUGAUUAUUUAAUUGAUUUUAACAUGUUGUUUCGAUUGCUUAAGUCUGUUUCAAUCUAUUCUGAAGGUUUCGUGUAGAUUGUGAAUUUGAUAGACGAAACAUAGUUCUAAGUCGGCAAUGACAGAGCUCUAACUUGAUUGCUUAACUUGAAUUUCUUGUAUUGAAAAUGGGAAUCAUUCAUUUUAUUCAGACCAUUUGGAAUAGAAUGUCUAUUUAAAUUAAUUUAACAUUUUAAUGGAAAAUAUUCUACAGUUAUGUUCAGUUUGUUUCCACUUAAAAUAUUUUUCUCGGAAAAGAUGUUCCUUUUUAGGUAAAAUAUAUAUUUUUAUUUUUACUUUUUUUUGUUUGGCGAAGGUCUAAGGCGUGUAAAAUAAUUUGCCUAAAAUUGAUUGGUAAGUUAUUUUUAUUAGGUUUUAAUAUUUAUUUUUUUAGUAAAUAUUAUACUGCAACCAAACACCAAAAAAUAUUUAAAAAAAUUAUUUAAACGGAGCCUUAGUUUGACCAAUGCCAUUGUUAAGUCAUUUUGAGUUGUGUUUCUUGAUCAUUUGUCCUCAUUUGAUCAGUUGAACAUACAUACAAGCCUUAACAAUUUGUGGUUGAUUUUUAUUUUCCAAUUGAAGAUUCUACUCGGAUCAUAUUUCGAAAACUUUAUGGUUGUAGUUUUAAUUUAGCUGCUUCUCUUGGUCCUUAGCUCAGAUUGUGAUCAUUUGAGAGAGUGGUGUCACUACAACUAAUUUCUUUGAACUCAGAUCAUUUGUGGUAGAUUUUAGUCGAGUCUUGAUUUUCUACAACGACACUAGGAAGAUGCCAUCUGCAAGUCUUGAUUCAUCCGAUCAAGACACAGAACCAUUUGUCGAGAUUGAUCCAUCGGGAAGGUUCGGCCGUUACAGUGACCUGCUAGGCUCUGGUGCUGUCAAGCGGGUUUACAGGGCAUUUGAUCUGCUGGAAGGUACAGAUGUUGCCUGGAACCAGAUACAGUUAAGGAAUUUCGGUGACAAUCCGUCUUUUAUUAAAAGGCUCCGUUCAGAGGUUGGGUUGCUGGAAAGUUUGAAGAAUGACUACAUCAUUGUUCUCUACAGUUAUUGGGUGGACAGAGAGCACACCACCUUGAAUUUCAUCACUGAGGCGUGCAACUCCGGCACUUUGAGGGAUUAUAGGAACAAACAUCGCCAUGUCUCCAUGAAGGCCUUGAAGAAAUGGUCAAGACAGAUUCUCAAGGGCUUGGAGUAUCUCCACACACAUGAUCCUUGCAUCAUUCAUAGAGAUCUGAAUUGCACUAACAUAUUCAUCAAUGGGAACCAUGGCAAGGUUAAGAUUGGUGAUCUAGGGUUAGCAACAAUAGUGGGGAAGAGCCAUGCAGCACAUUCAUUACUUGGGACACCGGAGUAUAUGGCGCCAGAGCUGUAUGAGGAGGACUACACGGAAUUGGUGGACAUAUACUCUUUCGGAAUGUGCUUGCUUGAAAUGGCGACAAUGGAGAUACCAUACCGUGAGUGUGACAGUAUUGCCAAGAUAUACAAGAAGGUGACAACCGGGGUGAAACCUCAAGCCAUGAACAGAGUGAGUGAUCCAGAAUUUAAGGCCUUCAUAGAGAGGUGUAUCGGCCAGCCAAGGGCAAGACCCUCGGCCUCUGAUCUUCUUAAGGACCCUUUCCUUUCGGAGGUUGACUAUGACGAAAGUGACCUUAUUGGAUGAUGUGUUCUCAACUCAAAACAGAAAUGUUGCUGAAGGAACCAUUGGAUUCUGCUUAAGAGAACUUGUAACAAAUUAUACGUUCACAGUUGUUUGGUUAUCUGCCCUUGUGGGCUCAAUGCAAAUGAAAUGGCCUAUUCUCAAUUGCUCUGUGAAUAUUGUAAGCUGGUUUGGUUUUAACAAAUGAUUAUGUAUUCAAAGACAAGUUUGGCCCUAAAAUUACUGUGUUCCCACAAGCUGGCAUACUUUUUGGCCUUCUGUAGCAAGCAGUCAGCAGAC